GAAGAUGCCAAGAACGCGGAUUCCAAGGGGUGCGGGGACAGCUCCAAAGGACCGAAAAGCCCUCGCAUGGAAUCUGAGGGCAAGGUGCAGCAGCUCACACGAAGAGCAGACUUCUUUGCAUCACGUGCUCGGUAUGCUGAUGCCUUACCUCUUGUGGAUCAGGCACUUCAUUUAGAACCAAAUCGACCUGAGUUGCACCUUGGGAGAGGCCAGUGCUUGAUGCAGCUGGACAAGCUUGAGGAUGCAUUGGCUUCAUUUGAGGCCGCCCUUCGGCUUGAUUCGCAAUGUGUGUCAGCACAGCGAAACAAGGCUUUGCUGCUUGCAAAGCAGCAAAGAUGGCAUGAUGCUGUGGUUUCAUUGCGGGAGGCUCUCAGCUUGGAGUCUUCGCCUGAGCUCCGAAUGGAGUUGGCUCGAUGCCUCACGGAACACGCCAUCCAGUUGAAGGCAUCAGGACGUGGUGAUCUUCAGCUGUUCCACGAAGCCAUCCAGGCCUGCGAUUCCUAUGCCCCUGCAUUCUUCCAGCUUGGUGUCUGCUAUUCCGAGGUGAGUGACUGCAUCAAGGCCAAAGAGAUGUACAGAAAAGCUGUGCAGCUUCACCCUGGGUAUGUGGAGGCUCUGAACAACCUGGGCGUAGCUUGCAGGGAGCUUGGAGAGUGGGAGCAUGCAAUAGAAGCAUAUGGUAUGGCUCUCAAGGUGAAUCAGAAUUGCAGUAAGACCCGGGAGAACAUGGCGAUCUCCUUGCUUCAGUUGGGUUGUCGCCACUUGCAGCGAAAGGAGCUGAAGCAGGCCGGCGAAGCCUUGAAGCGAGCGCUUACCUUCAACUCCAGGAAUGCAGACAUAUACUUCAACCUGGGCGUGCUCUAUGCUGAGAAGGAAAAGUGGGACAGAGCAAAGGUCAACUACGAGCUGGCAAACCAUUUCGAUCCGAGACAUGCUAACGCUCACAACAACCUGGGCGUGAUUCAUAGGCGGCUGGGGAAUGCAGAAGCUGCCAUGAAGUGCUUUGAAAGUGCUUUAGAGGUUGACAGCAAGAUGAACCUGGCCAGCAAGAAUCUUGGAGCCAUCUACGGCUCUAUGGGACGCAUGGAUGAUGCAAUUCGACUCACCCGCAUCGCAAUUGAGUCCAACCGACAAGAUGCUGAGGCUUACAACAAUCUAGCCCUUCUGUUGCGAGACCAGUGCGAUGUGGAUGCUUGCUUGGAGAAUUUGGACGUUUGCAUCAGCUUGGAGCCUGAGAGUCGUCAUGCUGGCUCCAACCGGCUCAUGUCUCUCAACUACCAAUCUGAGAGAAAGCGCGAAGAGGUUUUUGAGGCACACAGGAGCUGGGGAAGUUGCGUCGAAAGCAGCAUCAGCCAGGCGUUCAGCUGGGAUCGGCCAAGAACAAGCGGUCCCUUGCGGGUUGGCUACGUUUCUCCAGACUUCUAUUCGCACUCGGUCUCAUACUUCAUCCAUGCAGCCCUCAAGCACCAUGAUCCGGCAUUUGUCCAUGUCACCUGUUACAGCGAUGUGGCCUUGGAAGACGAAAAGACGAAGCAGUUUCGGGAGCUUGUGCCGCGAUGGCGAAAUCUGUGUGGCCGUGCUGAUGACGAAGUUGCAAAGAUGAUCUACGAGGAUGGCAUUGACAUCCUGGUUGACUUGACUGGGCACACUGGAAACAACCGAUUGGGAGUCUUUGCUCGAAAGCCCGCUCCGAUUUGCAUCACUUGGAUUGGCUACCCGCACACGACUGGUCUUACCAGAAUGGAUUAUAGAAUCUCAGAUGAGUUUGCAGAUCCAAUGGAUGCACCAGGUCUUACAACCGAAAAGAUUUUGUACCUGCCGGAAUGCUUUCUUUGCUACACCCCUCCCGAGACUGCACCGCCUGUCGUCCUCAAGCCAGCGCAGGAGUCCUACGGGUGCAUCACCUUCGGAUGCUUCAACAAUUUAGCGAAGGUCAGCAGCCUCACAGUCAGAAUGUGGAGCAAGCUGUUACACGAGGUUCCAGACUCGCGCUUGUUUGUAAAGUCAAAGGCAUUGGCGUGCCCAAAAGUGCAGGAAAAGAUGAGGGCUGCUUUUGCUGCGCAUGACAUUCAAGCUUCUCGCCUUGACUUGACUGGCUUGCAGCCACAAACAGGUAGCCAUCUUCAUAUGUACAGCUUUAUUGAUGUGGCCUUAGAUACUGCACCUUAUGCAGGCACCACAACUACUUGUGAGGCACUCUACAUGGGAGUGCCCGUUGUAACGCUCAAAGGGCGAGGCAUUCACGCACAGAAUGUUGGAUCUUCUUUGCUUUCAGCCGUUCAGCUCGGUGACUUGGUCACUGAAACUGAGGAGGAUUUUGUCAAGCAGGCAGCAGCUUGUGCAAAGAACGUUCCUCGACUUGCAGCGUUGCGGGCCGGCUUGAGGACCAGAAUGCUAAGGUCUGUCUUGUGUGAUGGACCACGUCAUGUGGCAUGGCUGGAACGUCUCUAUGCUGGAGUAGUGUCGGAUUUUGCUAAAAGCAAGCAAGUCACCACAUUCAAUGUACAGGAUUCAAUACCCAGCUCGCUGGCAGAAGUGCAGUAG